AUGUUUUUAAGAGUUUUUGUUCUAUUUUUUGGUAGCAUUUAUUUAGCAGUCGGUCAGGAAAACGUGGCGUUGGGCAAAAUUGUUAGGGAGAGUUCAUUCUCAUCUCCAUAUACUGGAUUCCUGGUGGUCGAUGGGUUGCUCAGUCCUCCGUACUGCUUUACCUCGCAAACGUCUGGCUAUCAGUGGGUUCAAAUUGAUCUCAUCUGGCUGUUUCAUGUCAAUUUGAUUGACGUUUAUGGGAAGCAGUUAACGAAAGUCGUGAACAUCAGACUGACCAACGAAAAUCUUGUGACGUUGGUCUCAUGCAACAAUCUAACCAGUCAACUGAACAGCCCCAACGUAACAUUCCAGUGUCCGAACACUGGCAAAUAUUCAAGCAGGUACAUCAGCAUCGAUCAGAGUUCCAAUGCUGUCGACACUUUGAGCAUUUGUGAAGUGGUUGUUGAUGGUCAAUUUGCCGAUGUUUCAAUUCGUAAAGCAAAUCUCGUAUUGAAGAAAAUGAGCCUCUCGAGUUCCGAAUAUCCGGCGACCAACAGUCUAACUUUGAAAGCAUUCAAGAUGAUUUCCACGUUCAUGGUUGAUGGAGUAAGAGACACCACACCACUGCAUGGUCAUUGUGUGCAAACUUCUGAAGUUGGGACAAGUCCGAAUUGGAUUCAGGCGGACAUGGACGGCAAUCACCACAUCGACUACAUCGCCUUCACUAACAGAGAUACACCACUUGAUUUUGUUCUAGUUCGUUCAACCAACUUCAUCAUCGGACUGACCCCAUACAACGCCAGUGAUGUUGCACCAGUGAGAGGUCAGUACCCCCUGUGCAACACCUACCCUGGGGCUGUUCCGAGAAACCGUAGAGUCACUCUUCAAUGCAAUGCCAACUUGCCCGCCUACCGUUACGUCAUCGUGCAGCAGGCGUACGGAAUCUCGGAUGGACAUUUAACUGUCUGUGAACUGGAAGUUUAUGAACCAUCAAGUUUUAGCAAAGUGUGGAUUUCAAGACAAGAUCAUCAAUUGGUUGGCUAUACCUUCUUGGAGUUUCCUGCAUUGAGACCGAUGUCGUGCAUCGUCCAGUGCAUAAAACUGGGGUUGUACCAAUGUGACUCGAUCAACUUCAACAAGCAACUGAACGUCUGCCAACUAAACAGUCACAGGAACGGCUUUCAGAUCGGAAAUUUUGCAUCCAACAAAAACUGGACAUUUUGGAAUGCUACCUAUUAUUAUCCCGGAGGAAAUCGCUGA